CUGGGGGCGGAACUCUUUUCCGCCGAGCGCGUGUUUCCGGACGGAACCAUUUCGGAACGGACGCGCCGGGACACCGACUUCCGGCUGGAGGGAAGGCAGGCAGGCAGGCAGGCAGGCAUGGCUUCUCCCGAAGCCUCGGCGGGUCCGUCCGGGCGCCUGGACGCCUGGUUGGCGGUGCUGAGCUCCGCCACUUCCCGGCCGGAGCGGUUCCUCAGCAUUCAGGAUGGACUGGCCUGUGACUUCAUUUCGUUAACAAAAACUCUGUACGACUUCCACAAAGCGCAUGGGACGGAUGUUGUUUCUGGAAGCCCCUUAAAAGAACUGGUGGUAGAGGGCUUUGACGAAGAACAGAUUUGGCAACAGCUGGAGCUCCAGAAUGAUGCGGUUCUGGGCGACUUCCAGAGAGCCAUUGCUAGGAACGUGGAAGAGGAGGGACAAGACCUUUGCCUUCUGCCAGAGGAGGAAGAGGAGGAGGAGGAGGAAGACGAGUCUGUUGCGGGAAACAGUCAGGACCAGUUGGACCUUGAGGACGAGACAGGAGAAGAGGCAGAUCUCAGCCCUGAUCACCUUGAAGAAGAAAGCAAGCGUAAAGAAAAGACAAGGAGACCCAGGGAAAUGACAGCCCAUUCAUUUAGCGACGAUGACUCUGAUAUGGAUUUUGACAUUGAUAGAUUAGAGCAACAGACCCAGAGGUUGAAGAGAGUAAUGAAAAAAGCAGGAGAAAAGUCUGUCGUGGACGACCGAUUUUUCAAACUGUAUGAAAUGGAGGCAGUUCUGGAUGUGGUGGAGAAACAAGAAAGCAAAGACAAGGGUAGCGAUGAGGAAGACGACGACGAAAUAGAUUAUUUUGAAGAUGUCCUUUCUGAGGAUGAGGAUGAGGAUGAUGAAGAAUUUGGGAAACCCAACAUGAAGUCAGUGAAAAGUGCUCGGGAUCUUAAAUACCAAGAUUACUUUGAUCCUGUGGAUGAUCUUGAAGAGGUCCCUGGUGACCGCAAGGACCCGGAAGAUGACCAGAGUGAAGGAGAAGAAGAGGAGAUUGACCAUGACGAUGGAUCUGUUGAGCAGAUGGAGGAUGAAAUGGAUGAAAUCCAAGAGACAGGGAAGGAGGGAAGUAAAGCACCCUCCAAAAGAGUGACAUUCACCGAGCCCUUUGACAGCGACCAGGAAGACGAUACAGACACCUUGGAGAGGAAGACAGGUCGUCUCCCUGAACCCAAAUCAACCUUUGAGAAAAGGCAGGAAAAGGUGAGUGAAAAAAUCAGGAAGCUGGAAGAGGAGUUGCUGAUGGAGAAACCUUGGCAGCUGAAAGGGGAAGUGACGGGCCAAAAACGGCCUGAAAACAGCCUUUUGGAGGAAAUGCUUCUCUUUGACCAUGCAGUCAAAAUGGCUCCUGUGAUCACAGAGGAAACAACUUUUGAGCUUGAAGACAUUAUCAAGAGAAGAAUAAAAGAUCAGGCUUGGGAUGAUGUGGUCCGUAAAGAGAAGCCAAAAGAAGACCCGUAUGAAUAUAAGAAGCGUUUGACUCUGGACCAUGAGAAAAGCAAACAAAGUCUUGCCGAAAUUUAUGAGCAAGAAUAUCUGAAGCUUAACCAGAAAAAAUCGGAAGAAGAAGAAAAACCCGAGCAUGUGGAAAUCAAGAAAAUGAUGGACUCUCUUUUCCUCAAACUGGACGCCCUUUCCAAUUUCCACUUCACCCCUAAACCGCCUGUGCCAGAGGUCAAAAUUGUCUCAAAUCUCCCAGCAAUAACCAUGGAAGAAGUGGCACCUGUGAGCUUCAGCGACGCGGCACUCCUUGCUCCAGAGGAGAUCAAGGAAAAGAACAGAGCCGGAGAUGUGAAAACAGAUGCUGAAAAGACUUCAACAGACAAGAAAAGGGAGCGGCGGAAGAAGAAGCUCGCGAGGCGCAUAAAGAUGAAGGAGAAGGAGAAGCGGCUAAAACUGCUGGAGAAGAAAUCGGAGCAAAGCCCCAGGUUAAGCAAGGAGGGCUCUGCCGCCCAAUUGAAGAAGCUCACCAAGGAGGGCAGAACCUCCUUACUCAAGGAUGCUGGCAAAGACAAGGCUUUGAAGUCCUCCAGGGCGUUCUUUUCUCAGUUGCAAGAUCAAGUGAAAAUGCAAAUUAAAGAAAAAAAGAAAAGCCCAAAGAAACGAGAGCUUUCUGCCCAGAAGCUGAAGCUGUAAUAUAUUAUGCAUUCACUGUUUUGUAUAAAUUAAAACAAGGUGUAUUUUUUAA